GAACAUAAUACCUGGUGGUGGUAUAUAUGAUCUGAAGCCAAGCAAGGGUGGUACUAUAUAUAUUAGUGUGAGAGAAAGAAAGCUGAUGAAAAGCUGAAAGUUAUCAAAAAGCUAAAAGAAAGAAAGGAAGAAAGCUGGUGAUAACCGAAAGAAAGCAAGAAAGAGCUUUGUUUAUCUUUCUCUCUUUCUCUUUUUUUUUUUCUUUUUUUUUCUCCCUCAUGCUUCUUGCUCUCUCUCUUUCUCUCUCUCACCCCCACUGUUUAUAUGUCAAAAUUUUCAUAGCCCUUUAGGUUUUUCUUGAUUCCAAGAAAUUAAACACACUAGCAAAUAAUCAAUUUCGUGGAUUUCUGCCAUGUUGAACGGCAAUAAUCCUUCUUCAUCUACUUCCCAGCCUUUUGCUCCGCCGGAGAACGGAGUUAAUAACAGUAAACGGAAGCGGCGGCCCGCCGGAACCCCAGAUCCGGACGCGGAGGUGGUGUCUUUGUCGCCGAAAACGUUGUUGGAGUCGGAUCGGUACGUGUGCGAGAUAUGCAACCAGGGGUUCCAGAGGGAUCAGAAUCUGCAGAUGCACCGGCGGCGGCACAAGGUGCCGUGGAAGCUGCUGAAGAGGGAGACGCCGGUGGUGAGGAAGCGGGUGUUCGUGUGCCCGGAGCCGACGUGCCUCCACCACGACCCGUGCCACGCCCUGGGCGACCUCGUCGGAAUCAAGAAGCAUUUCCGGCGGAAACACAGCAACCAUAAGCAGUGGGUCUGCGACAAAUGCUCCAAAGCCUACGCCGUCCAGUCCGACUACAAAGCCCACCUCAAAACCUGCGGCACCCGCGGCCAUUCUUGCGACUGCGGCCGCGUCUUCUCCAGGGUGGAGAGCUUUAUCGAACACCAAGACGCUUGCAGCCUGGGGCGGCUCCGAUCAUCCGAUCAGCCGCCGCAGUCGCUACAGCCGGCGGCGUGUCUUUCCCGGACGGCGUCGAGCCCGAGCCCAUCGAGCGACGCCGCUCCGCCGUGGCCGAGCAGCCUAAUGAUAGUGUCAAAGCCGGCCGGCGGCGGCGGAGCAAAAAUAACCGAUUCUAACGCCGCCGCCGCCGCCAUUAAUGCCGCAAAUCCUCAUCAUCACAACCUAGAGCUUCAACUCCUGACGACAACCUCAUCGUCGAGCCGCCUCGACGUCUCGGUGUCCUCGAAGAUAGACGACGCCGACCACUCCACCCAGCUGCAGCUCUCCAUCGGCUCCUCGGACUUCACCGAGCGGACCCACAACGAGGCGGCGGAGAACGAGAAACAGAGCUUCCACGGGGCGAGGGCGAUGAGAGAGGAAGCAAGGGAGCACCUAAGAGCCGCCAUGGAAGAAAAGGCCUACGCAAAGGAGGCGAGACAGCAAGCCAAGAAGCAGAUCGAGCUAGCCGAGCAAGAAUUCGCGAACGCCAAGAAAAUUAGACAGCAAGCGCAGGCGGAUUUGAACAAAGCGCAGGCGCUUAGAGAGCACGCGGUUCGCCAAAUCAACUCCACUCUCUUGCAAAUCACUUGUCAUGCCUGCAAGCAUCAGUUCCAGGGUUCCGCCAUAGUUUCCCGCCCCGACAACGCUUUGGCCUUGAGCUAUAUCUCCUCCGCCUUAAUGGAGACCCGCGACCUAGACGGAAGAAAGUGAUACCUUUAAUUGUCUCUUCAUUCUCUUCUCUGCAUGAAAAUAUGGCUAAAGGUGGUGAGGUGAUCGAGGUGAUGGUAGGAAAUUAAAUAAUAUAAUAUAUGGUGUAUGAAGAAGAAGAAGAAGCUAAGGGUUAAUUAUUUGGUGUUUAUUUGUUUAUUAAAUUGGUGCAUGCUGGAUUUCACGAUGAGGGUUAUAACAAAGCUGCCAAUCUGCCAUUAAUGGAGUAUAUUAUCUACACUCUGAGAUUUCUAGGAUUUGGUUAUGGUCUUCUUCUAUGUAAUGCAACUUCUUCUUCUUCUUAUUUUCUGUUGUUUUUUUUUUUUUUUUUUUUUUUUGGUUCAUUCAAUUGAGUGAAUGAGAAAGUAAGUAAUAUGCGAGAGGGGGAAUUUUGAAAUAAGUUAAAUAUAUUAUCUGGUCUAUGGCUCAAUUUUUGGAGUCGAUAGAUUUUGUGUU